AUGGGGAGCGAGCAAGGAGGGAAGUUCCCGGAAGCUAGUACUGGAAUGAGCGAGGUCUGUGACCUGCAACAAGGCCGCAAAAAUGGAUCGAGCUAUAUCGUCUAUUCACUACUGAUUCAAGAACUUCUGGCCGUUUACUUACAACUGGACGGCUUUAGUGCUGAACAAGCUCACGACUGGGUGGACGAGGUGAUUCGCAUCGCCCAGCAACCCCAAACAGUCCCGGAACAAAUUUCCGCCUGGAUUCUGACCCGGUACGGCGGUCAAACGGAUUUGGGGCCAGGCAUGACGACAAGGACACCAACACGAACAUCAGCCACACAUACCUCACCCUUGCAACCCAGUAGUCCAUUCCAGUUGACCGAUGAUUGGACUCAGGUGGACCAAUUUGCUUCCCGAGCCUCUUCAGCCACACUCCGAUUGAUGGCUGCGUUUGCGGGAAUCACAGCCACCGCGGCCUAUUUGAAUGAACAGAUUCGCCUGAACGAUCAAGCGGAUAUGGCUGCGCUGCUUCAGUCGAAACUACUCGGUCGUUGGACUCGAAAUUUAUUACUCGUGCCCGGCCGACGUCUGUUGCGCUACGGUCUGGUGUACAAGGUUCCUCUUCCCCCCAGGGCUUUCGCAUCCAAUACCGAUGACACUUUGGCCAGUCCAACCAACUUUGCUCGUUCCACCGCUCAUCUCUGCCCAAAAACACCCAUGUCACUGGACCUCGGAUUGUUGUCUCACGAACGAAAUGCAUUUACGAUAUCCUGCCGUGAUGUGAGCUUCACCGUGGAUUUGGACGACCGCGCCACAGCCGAAACGUGGGUACAGAGUCUGCAAAUGGCAAUCAAGUGA